UGAAUAAAAAAAAGGCCAGAGUCUGCGGGGUGACAGAAGUUCUAUGAGCAGUGGUGCCAGUGGUGUCGAAUCCUGACUCUUCGACUGCUUUUCCAGCCCAAGCCAUCGGCCGGAAAGACAGGUAGCGAAGCUGCCCAGCGAAAAGGGACUCUGCUUAGAAACCCUUGUUUCCCAGGGGGGCAGCCUGUUGGGGAGAGAACUCAUUGAGCUGCGGUGAUCAGUUCUGGUCUGCCAGUUCUGGGUUCUGAAACAGCAGGAAAGCCCUCCGUCCUUCUCUGCUUUCCGCUGCCCAAAUCCACAGCCCUGCCUGUGGAUGGGCCCCAGAGGCCUCAAUCAUCCUUUGAGAGGUGUUGGCGUUUAGCUGCCUCCGCCGCCGCCGCCGCCGCCGCCUCCAUCUUCUGUCAGGAUGGCAACCCUCAGCAGUCCUGACUCCAGAUUCAUCGUGGGAGAGAAAUACAGACUGGUAAGGAGGAUCGGGUCCGGCUCCUUCGGAGUAGUUUAUCUCUCGGUUAAUAUCACCAAUGGAGAGGAAGUGGCAGUGAAACUAGAGUCACAGGAUGCCAAGCACCCCCAGUUACUGAUUGAGAGCAAAUUCUACAAGCUUCUGCAGGGUGGGGUUGGCAUCCCCCGCAUAAAGUGGUUUGGUCAGGAUGGAGGCUAUAAUGCCCUAGUCAUGGAUCUUCUGGGACCUAACCUGGAAGACCUCUUCAAUUUCUGUUCUCGGAAGUUCACCAUAAAAACUGUUCUUAUGUUGGCUGACCAGAUGAUCAGUAGAAUUGAAUAUGUUCACACAAAGAACAUCAUACACAGAGACAUUAAGCCGCAAAACUUCCUUAUUGGUACCGGGCGCCACCGCAAUAAAGUAUUCCUUGUUGAUUUUGGUUUAGCCAAAAAGUAUAUAUCCAGCAGCACCAGGAAGCACAUACCAUGCAGAAAACUUAAACACCUCACUGGCACUCCUCUGUAUGCGGCCAUCCACACACAUCUUGGCACUGAGCAAAGUCGCCGAGAUGACUUGGAGUCAAUAGGAUAUGUUUUAGUGUAUUUUCUUAGAAGUGGUCUGCCAUGGCAAGGAAUAAAGGCUGCCACAAAGAAACAACACCGUGAAAAAGUUACUGAAAAGAAGUUGUCCAUUCCUGUAGAAGUUUUAUGCGAAGGAAUACCUGCCGAGUUUGUUACUUACUUUAAGUAUUGUCGUGCACUGAACUUUGAUGAAACUCCAGAUUACAGAUAUCUGAGGCAGCUAUUCUGCUCCCUUUUCGAGACGCUGACUGACCCAUGUGACUGCACCUUUGACUGGGCAUUGUUACAGCAGGAUGUAGCUCGGCAGUCGGUUUCUUGCAGUGAAUAUGGUCAACAGCCCAAAUUCCACCUAGAUUUUUAAGCAUGACUUGUGGGUCAGAAGAAGCAGAGCAGAUGAUUUGAGCAGCAUUUGUUUCUCCCCAAGCCUACAAAUUUCCAUGCAUAUCUAUACGAAUUCAUGAUUGUGGACAGUCAUUUCCUUCAUGUUAAGAUCUUAAUGUCAUUAAAUACUUGUCC